AUGACCCCCAAACCGCCUGUAUGCUGCGUGGUAGCAUGUCUGAUGCCCGGGUACGGAAUUGGCUUCCAGGGCACUUUGCCCUGGAAGCUUUCCAAGGAAAUGAAAUACUUUCGCCAGCUCACCUCUUCAACUAAGGAUCCCAAGCUGCAAAAUGCAGUGAUAAUGGGGCGCAAGACGUGGGAAUCGAUCCCAUCGAAGUUCAGACCGUUGCCCAAUAGACUCAAUGUGGUCAUAUCGAGAACCGAAGGGGUUGAUCAGCUCGAAUCCCUCGACCGUUGUCUCGAAAAACGCGUUGACGAUGAUGAUUACGCGAACAAAACACGUCACGUGUCAUUAAGUGCGACUGAUCUAUCCAAGGCCAUUAGCCAGCUCACAACCCACAGCGAGCGUCUGGGACUGGAAACCAUCUACAUAAUUGGCGGCGGCGAGAUCUACAACCAAUGCAUUCCCUUAUCCGACAAGCUUUUCCUAACAAAGGUCCAUGCCGACCCUGGCACGCCUGCCCCACAGAUGGACACAUUCCUCGACAAACACCUGGUAGAAUCGCUCUUCAAAGAGCAACCGUACCCGCAAUUGCUUGCUGCACUGCCUGAACAGGUCGCUGUCCCACCAGAAGACCAGCGCUUCCUUUCCGAGAAGGGUUUCAAUUACAACUUUACACUAUGGUCACGUGAUAAGUAA